UUUCCGACACGUCCGCUCUCGCGACUCCGGUGUGGCUCGCGCCUCCCGCCUCCCGCUUACACCUUCAUGUUCGCCUCAGGAGAGACAAUGAGGUGGGCUUGGCUGUCCCGCUUCGUCCUUCUGGCUGUGCUGUGUCUGGCCGAGGGGGAGGACGUGGAGCUGGAGCUGGAGCCCUGGACGGAACAUGCCUGGGACUGGGGUUCUGGGCUACAGGAGCUCCUCCACAGCUUUCCAGCUGACAGUCCCUUUGUCACAGAGAUUGCAGGGACGCCCGCCAACUGCUCCCAGCGAUUCUGGCUGCCCCCGUCGUCCCCCAUCUGCUGGGAUGACAUCGUGGGCCCCGAAGAGUUUGAGCAGACCCGCCUGCUGGUGCUGCAGAACAGGGCAGCCCUCCGGGCAGUGGCUGAAAGCAGCGGAGUGGCGGAAGGGGGUGCCUCGUACAAUGAGCAGGCCAGGGAGGACAUCCGGGGUAUCCAGGCAGACCAUGACAGCAUCACCCAGACAGCUGAAACAAUGCAGAAGGUGUUUGACUCCCUGGAGGAGAAGAGGAGAGACGGGACAGAGCUCUGGGCCUUCUCAAGUCUAAAGGAGCAGCUUGGCUCAACGAAGGAUUACAUCCAUAGCAGAGAGCACAUGGUGGACCUUCUGGAGAAACAGUUAUCCCGCCUGGAGGGAUCGUUACACAUCCUGCAGCUCCGACUGGCCAGGCUACUGGGCCGAUGACUGCAGCCAAACCGGUGCUCGAACCACCAUUAGAUGUCAGCUAAUUAUCUGCCUGCAAUGCAUGCUAGCCUCGCUCACCCCCCCUCCCCCAUUAUAAACAUAUGGCCCCUGCUCUCUUCAGGUACACAUUAUUCUGCAUGUCUGGAUUCCACACUGACACUGUAUAGUCCUUCAGCCUCACAGAGGCAUCUCCAAUACCAGUUAUAACGUCUGUGUCGCUGUGUUUUAUGUAGCACCCUGGUCCUGGAGGAACGUUGUUUUGUUUCACUGUGUACUGUUGUA